UAGGUGUCCUGUGCUCUGAGUCCACACAAUGCCACGAGAAGAGGCCCACUUUGGUUACCCCAGGAAGGACCACAGCCACUCUUAUGUCACCACCGAAGAGGCUCUGGGGAUUGGCAUUCUGAUUGUGGUCCUGGGAAUUGCGCUGCUCUUUGGCUGCUGGUACUGUAGAAGACGAAGUGGAUACCGAACCUUGAGGGACAAAAGGCUUCAUGCUGGUACUCAGAAUACCCCAAAGGGAAGAAGCCCUGGUGAGCAAUGCUCAUGUGACAGUCUUGCUCAUGAGGAGAAAAGCCAUCAGCCCGUGGUUCCCAAUGCUCCACCUGCUUAUGAGAAGCUCUCUUCGGACCAGUCGCCACCACCGCCACCACUGUACUCACCCUGA